AUGGGCACACCACCGAGAAGCAGCGGCAACAUUGCUGCUGCCAAGUCGCAGUCCACGCCUCCUUCGGACGAACAACUUCCGUCGGUGCGUCGCGAAACCGAUGUCCUGACCAAGCAGCUCGGCGACUUGGGCUCGUCACGGCGCGAGGAUCGUCGUCUCGCUAGUAAGACUGGUGUCCUCACCUCCGAAGAGCACAAGCUGGGUAAUCUCAAUGUUGUCGCUGCUUACAAGGCUCACUUCCGCGAGUCGCCCUUCGAGUUUCUUCAGCAGUUUGUUGCUUAUGGUCAAGGCACAGGCUGGCGUGGCUAUUCCAACUAUAUCGGUGCUCCUAUUCUGUACAAGGGCUGCUCAGAGGAGAGCAUUCGUGCCGUGCUCAACAGCGAGCAGGUGCAGGAACGCAUUCGGAAACUCGCCUCGAGUCGGGUCGACCAUCUUUUGCCAGAGCAGCCUCCGCUCUCGCCCACCGGUCCCAACAAGACGCAAAAGAACCUCGCCAUCUUUAAAGAGCGCAAGAAGCGUCAGAUCGAACAGCAGCUUCGAGACGAAGCAUUCGCCAUCUUGCGGGUUAGUGUGGCCCGCAUCGACUCGCUCUCCUUUCUCAAGUUCUUUGCUGCUACCGUCAACAAUGUGCUCGCCAGAAUGUAUCACCAAGGCAUUCACAUCAGCGUUCCUCAGGUGCUCGAGCUCCGUCGCGUCGCCGCCUACGCUGCUGAGCGCAAGCAGAGUAUCCUCUUCCUCCCUUGCCACAAGUCUCAUAUUGAUUACCUCACCGUUUCCUGGCUCAUGUUCCGCCUUGGCAUCGCCCUCCCCCACAUCAUUGCUGGUGAAAAUCUCGAUCUGCCGGUUUUGGGCGAUGUUUUGCGUAAAGGAGGUGCCUUCUUUAUCCGUCGCACCUUUUCAGGCGAUCAGCUCUACCCGGCUGUCAUCAAGGAGUAUGUCGAGACCCUCCUCGCCAGCGGCAAGAACCUCGAGUGCUUUAUCGAAGGCACGCGUUCGCGCACCGGAAAGCUGUUACCACCCAAGCUCGGCAUCCUCAAGUACGUCGUCGAAGGUUUGCUCGACGGACGCACCGACGACGUUUGGAUCUGCCCCGUCAGCCUGCAGUACGACUCGGUCAUCGAGUCGGAGACGUAUGUCUCCGAGUUGCUCGGCAAGCCAAAGGAGGCGGAGUCCCUUCUGGGACUGCUUUCGGGCAGCUCGUCGUUGCUCCAACUCAAGAUGGGUCGCAUCGACAUCCGCUUCGACACGCCUUGGUCAUUACAAGGCUUCAUUCAGGAGCAGAAAGACCGAAGAGCUGCGCCCGGCGACACGGGCGAAAAGGUGGAGCUCGAUCCGAUCAACAACGAUCAACACCGAGUGCUCUUGCUCAAGGCGCUUGGCUACCGUGUACUUGGCGACAUCAACAAAGUCUCGGUGGUCAUGCCUGCUGCACUGAUUGGUACCGUAGUACUCACCUUGCGUGGACGAGGCGUGUCAAGAAGCGAGCUGAUUCGCAGGGUGGACUGGUUGCGCUCAGCUAUUACCAACAAGGGCUUUACUGUCGCCGAUUUUGGCGCUAUGAAGACGGGCGAAGUGGUUGACCGUGCGCUCAGCACCGUCAUGAAGGGUCUCAUCGCCGAGGAAAAGGACGUUAUGGAGCCCACGUUUGUUCCCGUCAAACGCUUCGAGCUCAGCUUCUACCGCAACCAGGUGAUCCACAUCUUUGUUUCGGAAUCACUUGCUGCCGCCGCGCUGUACACCAAGGUCAAGCAGGGCGGUACCGCACCCAUGCAGAGGAUGACACGCAAGGAUCUGAUAAGCGAAUGUCUUUUCAUCUCUUCGGUGCUGCGCAGCGAGUUCGUGUUUGGCGUCGACUCGCUCGAGGUCAACGUGGACCGCACCGUCGAUGGCAUGGUAGCCGCCGGUAUUUUGGAGAGACACCCAGAUAUCAAACCAGAGGAAGGCGGCUCGAUCGAGCUCAGUGCAAAGGAGCGCGAGAAUGGACGAGAGAACUACGAUUCAUUCCUCUUUCUCAUCUGGCCUUUCAUCGAAGGGUACUGGCUUGCAGCCGUCUCGCUUCUGUCGCUCAUCCCGCAAGGCGCCGAAACCAAGGGAUAUCCCACCGAAAAGCUGCCGUGGUUCGCAGCCAAGGACUUUGAAAAGCACACGCAGCUGCUGGGCAAGACGCUCUACGCACAGGGAGAGCUGUCGUACCUCGAGUCGAUCAAUGCUGCCACCUUGUCGCAAGCGUUCACGCGCAUGGAGGAGAUGGGCAUGAUCCUGCGCAAGAAGUCGUCGCACCAGAAGCCUGUUCCCAUCAUGUCGCUGCAUCCGAGCUUUUGGCCCUCGCAAACGGCGAAACUCACGGACUACAUCGACCGCCUCUCGCAGUUCCGUCGUGAAGGCAAGGACCGUCGAGAGCAGAACGUAGGAGCCAAGGUUCGCAAGUACACGUCCAUGUACAUUCCCGCCGCGGUCGAAGUGUCUGACAUCAAGCAACGGCAAGCACAGCUUUGA